CACGACGACGUGAUGAUGUCAUCAGAGGGUGGGAUUGAUAUUUUACUAGGGACUCCCCAAAUUGCGAGCUUCAGAUCUAAUUUUGUCGCGACAGUCGGCUCUUGAGCCUCGAGGCUCGUCUUCUAGCGACCCAUGAGGAAACGGUGACCAGAACCACCUGGUUGUUUAGCUCCGCGUCGCAUAUUCCCGCUGGGGUGUCAGACGUUUCCUCUAUGAACAAGCGUGAGGAGUAGCAAGCUCCAUCUGAACUAGAUUCCCGUCUCUCUCCGACACACACAAUAGCCCCGAGAACUUGACGCAAAGGAUGCUGGGAACGGCAAAAUGCCCUCUGGGAAAAGCAGAACAUGGAAAAGAGCAGUGGGGGAGGGCUGGAAAAGCUGAGAGAGUUAAAAAUGCAAAAGCGCCAUGUACGUACGUAUGUCCAGGCUGCUCUUUGGAGCCUAUACUGAUUCAAGACGUUAGAGGAGAUGUUGAGAAACAUGGCCACACAAUCUCAUCUCGUCGCGCUCACCUCCAAUGUGUCAGUUGAGAAGAGAAGAAGCCCCGAAGGUAUCGUUAGCUUCCCAUAGACUCCGCCUUGUAGAAACCUGAAGCCCUCAUACCUUCCACCUCCACUUGAACCCAAGUCCUCACUUUUUGUAUUAGUCUCUCACGAGGAACAUGAGCCUUACAACCACAAAGGCACUUUCUCAUCCCGGUAUGAGGGCCACGGGGAGGCUAAACGACAAGUUGAACAAGAAGGUAUGACUUUUCUAAGGAUCGUAGUGACUAUGGCUGACUCGUGCAACUCACGGCCACAGAGGCACUUUCUCAUCUGUACAUGAAGACAGGCAUAGAAGAGUUUCUGUUCCUCGUGAGAAUUAUGGCCAUGGGAUGACAAGCUCAUCAGAAGUAUUAGUUUCUCAUGUUCUUCAGGGACAUGAAACUCACGGCUACAGAGGCACUUUCUCAUCUGAACAUGAAGACACGCAUAGAAGAGUUUCUGUUCCUGAUGAGAACCAUGGCCAUGGAAUGAGAACCUCAUCUGAAGGUAUUGAUAUCUCCCAUCGAGACAGCGCUGUAGACGGUGAAAGGUCUUCGUUCAAACCUUCACCCCACUCUAAAUGUUCACUAUUUGUAGUCUUAGUUUCUCAUGUGCUAGAGGAACAUGAUAAUCAUGGACACAAAGGCACUUUCAUGUCUCAUCAUGAGGAGAUUCCCACAAAGAAGCUAUUGGAAAAUGAAGUCUCUCACUCACUUCAGGACCAUGAACCUCAUAGCACCAGAGACACUUUCUCACCUGAGCACGAGGAAGGCAAACAUAGAAGAGUUUCCCUUCCUCCCAAGAAUCUUGGCCAUGGGACGACAACCUCAUUCAGUCAUGAGGAGGAAAUGAUAGUUGCAGCAUUAGUUGCUAAUGCUCUUAGGGAACAAGAGACUUAUGGCCACAAACGUACUUUCUCAUCUGAGCAUGAGGAUGAAGUUGAAGAAGAAGGUAGGCAUAAAAGAGGUAUGUUUUUCUUCAAUUAUUGGAUAGUGCGCGGCAACCUAGCUUUCCUUUUAUUAACAGUGUCCCACAAGUCUGAGAGACAUGGCCAUGAGAGUCAUGGCCACAGUACUUCCUCACAUGUGCUUGAGAAUAAAAUGGAAGUUUCCCACAGGUCUGAGGGACAUGCACAUGAGACUCGUGGCCACAAUGGCCAUUUCUCAUCUGAGCAUGAGAAAGACAGAAAGGUUGAGCACAAAGACAGUCAAAUGAGAGGUACACACAUGUCUGCGGGACAUGGCCAUGAGACGGAUGGCCACAAUAGCCACUUCUCAUCUGAGAAUGAGAAUGGCAGACAUGAUUCUCACAGAUCUGAGGGACAUGUACACGUGACUCAUAGCCACAAUGACCAUUUCUCAACUGAGCAUGAGAAUGACAGAAAGGUUGAGGACAAAGACAGUCAAAUGAGCGGUACACACAUGUCUGCGGGACAUGGCCAUGAGACGGAUGGCCACAAUAGCCACUUCUCAUCUGAGAAUGAGAAUGGCAGACAUGAUCCUCACAGGUCUGAGGGACAUGGGCAUAAGAGCCAUGGACAUCACAUUUUCUCAUCUCUGCAUGAGAAAGACAGGGAAGUUUCCCACAAGUCUGAGGGACAUGGGGAUGAGACUCAUGGCCACAAUGGUCAUUUUUCAUCCGAGCAUGAAAAUGACAGGGAAGGGACAGUCUCGCACAAGUCUGAGGGACACAGUCAUGAAAUUCAUGGCCACAAACAUUUCUCAUCUGAGCAGGAAAAUGACAGACAUGGACAUGCUCAUGAGACUCAUGGGCUCAGCCACCAUUUCUCAUCUGAGCAUGAGAGUGGCAGACAUGAUGAGGAAGAACUGGGACAAAUGAGAGCGCACCACGGCGAGAGGGAUGGAGGCGCUCAUGAAACGCCGGGCUCCUUUGGGAACCGCCAUCAAGACGGAGAGCAAGAGGAGGAGGAGGGGAGAGAGAAAAAGCAGAAAGGGCUCCUGAAACUCUUGAUGUCAAGCCAGCCCGGGGCGAGACAUUUGUUUGGAAUCAUAUAUGAUCAUUUCAAAGACUGUGAAUGCUACGGCCACUCCAACCGCUGCACCUACCUCGACUUCCUGAAAAUUGUCACGUGCGUCACCUGCAAACACAACACCAGGGGCCAGAACUGCCAACACUGCAGACUGGGAUACUUCCGCAACGCCUCUGCUGAGCUGGACGACGACAAUGUCUGCAUCGAGUGCAACUGCAACCAGAUGGGUUCCGUCCACGACCGUUGCAACGGAACGGGCUUCUGCCAGUGCAAGGACGGCGCCAUCGGGGCCAAGUGUGACGAGUGCCUGCCGGGAUACUACUGGAAACAAGGCUGUUACCCCAACGUGUGUGACGAGGAGAUGCUCUUGUGCCAGAACGGCGGAACGUGCUACCAGAACCAGAAGUGCGCCUGCGCCCCCGACUUCAAGGGGGUGCUGUGCCAACAGCCGCGCUGCGAGACGGGCAAGGACUGCAACGGUGCCACCGUGUGGCAGCCCUCCGCCGCCACCCUGCUACUUUGCACUCUGCUCGCCCGCCUGCUGGCCACGCCACCGCCGCCCCACUGAGCCGCUGCCGCCGCCGCCGCCGCCGCCGCACGCAACCGACGAGUGUCUGUACACUGCUCUCGGAAAGUUGGAGAUAUUUGACUUGAGCGUUGGGAUUUUAUGUUGAACUAAAAAUGCGCCGGAACCUAAAGAGGGGGAACUUAGUUUGCGUGUCUCCAGACUUCUGGCUUUGAGUGUCAUCAAUAAAAAAUAAUGGAAUAUGGGCUAACAAACCACAUCAAGGCUCCUGUAGAACAGUACCAAAGUCCUCUUUAGGGCCCAAAGCAAGAUCCUCCCUCAUGUGGGUCAGCUCAGGGCUGGAAAGAUUCAAGUACAUUUUGGGCUCACCCAGAAAUUUCACCCCAAAGCCAAAUAUCCCCAAAUUUUGGUUAAUUGUGUGUACACGAGUGUGUGCGACCGCAGCACUCACGCCCCCCCCACACACACACACACACAAACCCACUAACACACACUUCACAGGACUGACAGAGUGUGUGCUCAGGUGCCAGAUGGACAAAAAGAUGACAAUGACCAACGCGAAGGUGAAAGAGACAAAAAAAUAUAUUAUAUAUAUAUAUAUAGAGAUAUAUAGAUGACAUAUAAUCCUAGCAACCACUGUUCCCUUUAUUCCUGAGCAGGAGCAAUGUGCAUCAAACCAAAAAAAAAAAGAAUUAAAAAUAGCAGAAUCACCUAAAUCACCACUGAUUCACAUAAAAAUGGAAUGGCUGUCAACACGUUUUUUUGUUUUGUUUGUUUUUUGGUGGGAGGGACUUGCGAUCCCUGUGCCGAAGCCUACGCGCUCUGUAAGAACCGGGUUUCAUUUCUUGUCAAAAAAAAACCACCAAAAAAAAAACAGCGCCAACACAGACUUGUACUCUUUCU